UUGUUGUGACUGCCGUCCAGGGAACAGCGUAGUGCAAUAUCAGGUCUAGUUUGCUGAGGACGCAGUCGCUCGCUCGUCUUUCUGCGCUGAACGGAAACGGACUGACCUGAGUGAGGCCUGGGUUUCAUACGCAGGGCUAAGGUUAAAGCGGGAGAAACUUAUUCAGAAGAGGCGAAUCUGCAAAAGCGCUGCGUAAAGACGCAUGCAGAAGUUGUUCAGGGUGCCACAGCAGAACCAAGGAGGGACUCUGAAUCAAGGGGUACGUUCCUUUCUCACCAGUCUGUAUCAGUCUCAACAUAUGGGAUCCUUUUUAAUAUUUUUUAGAACGAGUGAGAGCAGAUUUUUGUAUAGGAGUCCCCGUUGUCCUGUGACAUAAACCGUUUUUCUACCUGUUUGGUUUCAAUACUCCGCGGAUUUCUGAGCUGCUGGCUGCUGUGGACUUUACCCCUGGAAUCACAGCAUUUUCCCUCGUUCACCAGGAGCUCCAGGCAGCUGCCGCUCAAAUCGCUAAUCUAUUUUUUUUUUUUUUGGAUGGAUUUAUCACUUCGACUUUGACUUCUGUCGGAUACACAAAAGCCACGAGAACUGUUCAUAAACUGCUGUUUGGGAAAGGAUAGCAGAGAUUCCAAAUGAGGAUUUCACUAAUCCCUUGUGUCAACCCGGACAAGGAGUGAUAUUGCCUCUGGUUCCAGUCAUAUCCGCGAGGACAAACCGGGAGGAAAGGAUCCAAAUUUAGACACUCUGUGGGCUCCUGAAGCUGCCAAUGCCUCCAGGCUUCCAACUACUGUGAUGGCAAGGGUCUGCUUGUUCUGUGUUCUCCUCUUCUAUUUGGUGGACAGUGUGGCAGCCAGAGCUAUCGAUGAAAUAAGGAUUAAAGAUCUCCGAGUAUCCAGGCCUCUAAUUGUGCCAGGUUACCCAGAAAAUACCACAGUGGUGGUGGGAGGGCAGGCCAAACUUGUAUGUAAAGUUCACAGGCCAGCAUCUACCAAGGUGCAGUGGCUGAAGACAGAUGUCAGCAGCCAAGGGUGGGGCCAAGGAGGGCCACCUCUGAUCAAGGCCCUGACGCCUCUGCAGAAUAAUGGGUCAAAGGUGAACGCUCUACAUCUUUCCAAUAUUACCUUGGAAGAUGCAGGUGAAUACGUCUGCAUGGCUGAGACCAUCCAUGCAGGACAGACGGUUCAUGCCAUGCAGUCAGCAUGGCUGGAGGUUUUGUCUGGUAAUAUCAUCUCUAAAACUGUGGCUCUUUCUGCUGAGAAAAUCCCUUCAGAAGUUGUGGGGGACCUGAGCGAUGACACCACAGAGCAUCUCCUGUUGGAACCAGGUAAUAUCCUGAAGCUGCGCUGCGACAUGACCACACGGCCUGGCAUGGCAGUUAACUGGUAUAAGGAGGGACUCCGGCUUCUGCCCACACCCCGUAUCCAGAUGCGGGGUGCAGUCAUGGAGAUCACUGACGUGAUAUAUGAGGAUUCAGGCAUCUAUGUCUGUGUUCUUCGGGGAAGCAAAGAUCCAGUGAGGAACUUUACUAUCACUGUGGCAGACACGUUGGGGUCAGGAGAUGAUGAUGAGGACAAUGGGCUGGAGGACUCAUCAGCUGAGACUGAAAAUGACCAAGUGUACUUCCCCAGGGGCCCCUAUUGGACCCACAUCCAGCGUAUGGAAAAGAAGCUGUAUGCUGUUCCUGCAGGUAAUACAGUGAAGUUUCGCUGCCCUGCCACAGGCAGCCCAAUGCCGAGCAUACGUUGGCUCAAAAAUGGACGUGAAUUUAGAGGAGAGCACCGCAUCGGAGGAAUCAAGCUAAGACAUCAGCACUGGAGCCUGGUGAUGGAGAGCGUCGUGCCCUCAGACAGAGGAAACUAUACCUGUGUAGUGGAGAACAAAUAUGGCUCCAUCACUCACAGCUAUGUUCUCGAUGUUUUGGAGCGCUCCCCUCACAGGCCCAUCCUGCAAGCAGGUUUACCUGCCAACACCACAGCCGUGGUAGGCAGUGAUGUUCAGUUCCACUGCAAGGUCUACAGUGAUGCCCAACCACACAUUCAGUGGCUCAAACACAUUGACAGAAACGGCAGUCACUAUGGUCCUGAUGGGUCUCCCUAUGUUCAGGUCCUCAAGACUGGCAGCCUAAACAUGUCAGAUGUGGAGGUUCUUUACCUGACCAAAGUUACCAUGGAGGAUGCUGGACAGUACACCUGCCUGGCUGGAAAUUCCAUUGGCUUUGCCCACCAGUCUGCCUGGCUCACUGUCAUUUCAGAGGAAGAAGCAGUAGAACCAGUAGACACCAUGGAGACCAAAUACACUGACAUUAUUAUUUAUGCCUGUGGAUUCCUGGCUUUGAUCAUGGCCAUCAUCAUUGUGGUGUUGUGCCGGAUGCAAGUCCAUCCCAGAAGGGAGCCGUUUGAUGCCCUUCCUGUCCAGAAGCUUUCCAAAUUCCCUCUUCGAAGACAGUACUCAGUGGAGUCUAACUCGUCAGGGAAAUCCAGCGCGUCCUUGAUGAGAGUAGCUCGGCUGUCAUCCAGCUGUUCACCAAUGUUGGCUGGAGUCAUGGAGUUUGAGUUGCCCUACGACCCUGAUUGGGAGUUCCCAAGAGAGAAUUUAACAUUAGGAAAACCUCUGGGAGAAGGCUGCUUUGGUCAAGUGGUCAGAGCAGAAGCCUAUGGCAUUAACAAAGAUUGUCCUGACCAAGCCUCCACUGUGGCAGUUAAGAUGCUCAAAGAUGAUGCCACAGACAAAGAUUUAGCAGACCUGAUUUCAGAAAUGGAGCUUAUGAAGGUAAUGGAUAAACACAAGAACAUCAUCAACCUCCUGGGAGUCUGCACACAAGAUGGUCCUCUGUAUGUGCUGGUGGAGUAUGCCUCCAAAGGCAGUUUAAGGGAGUACUUGCGAGCCAGGCGACCUCCAGGUAUGGAUUAUACCUUUGAUGUGACCAAAGUGCCCGAGGAGCAGCUCACCUUCAAAGACCUGCUAUCCUGUGCCUACCAGGUGGCCCGAGGAAUGGAGUACCUGGCCUCUAAAAGGUGCAUCCAUCGGGAUUUGGCAGCCAGGAAUGUUUUGGUGACCGAAGACAAUGUGAUGAAGAUUGCUGACUUUGGCUUAGCCAGGGGAGUCCACCAGAUUGACUACUACAAGAAAACCACCAAUGGACGUCUUCCUGUUAAGUGGAUGGCACCAGAGGCUUUGUUUGACAGAGUCUACACACACCAGAGUGACGUGUGGUCAUUUGGUGUCCUCAUGUGGGAGAUUUUCACAUUGGGCGGUUCCCCAUAUCCUGGGAUCCCAGUUGAGGAACUCUUCAAACUUCUAAAAGAAGGACACCGCAUGGACAAACCAUCCAACUGCACACAUGAACUCUACAUGAUGAUGCGAGAAUGCUGGCAUGCUAUUCCCACCCAGAGACCAACUUUCAAACAGCUUGUGGAAGAGCUGGACAAAGCUCUGCUGUCCAUCUCUGAUGAAUACUUGGACCUGUCGACACCUUUUGAACAGUACUCUCCUUCGUGUGAGGACACAUCCAGCUCCUGCUCCUCUGACGACGACUCAGUUUUUACCCACGAUGCCUUGUCCACUGACCCCUGCCUCCUGGGCUACCAGGAUGUCCUCUCUCGGAUAGACAUGAAGGCAGCUCUCUGAUGGGCACCGAAAUCGAUUCAUACAGAAACAACAACAGCGUGGCAAAACACUGCUUUGGGCUUUUAAGUAAACUGACACCUCAGCAUGGGUCUCAAUUGGAAGGUCCACAGCUGCAUUUUUAAAGUUAAGUUAAAGGUUCUAUUCUUAUUGGACCUCUAUCGUGGCACCAGCGGCGCCCUAAGAAAUAAGAAGGCAUUUGUACAUGAACAUAGAAAUAUAAACACACAUUCAAACAUGGACAUGAGAUGUAUGCACCUGGAGCACUGAGAUAAACAGGCUUCAUAAUGUGGAGGUUUGGAUAAAAACGUUACAGCACGGGCAGAAGAAUGAACAGAAGAAAAUGACAAGUAGAACUUUAAACUAUGAGUUCUGGCAUUGUGCCCAUCAGCGGUUGUAACGUUGGAAAACUUCGGCACUAAACACAACAGAAGAGAGCCUGGUAAUCGAAACACCUUAAAGUGGUGAUGGACAAGGAUCUCCUACAUAAAAUCUACCCAAAACCAGGACUUAAAAGAAAUUAAUUUUGCUAUGGUAAAAAACUAAGAAAUUGAUUUUUGAGCAUAAAUCACUCUAUAUAAGAUUAAUUUACUUGUGUUGCUUAUUUAAAGAAAACAGUCUUAAAUCUCAGGAUUUCUCAUGCUAAGACGUUGCUGUAGUGGCAGCAAAAGUGCCUGACCUGAUGAUUUUCUGUGAAUAUAUUAGAUUAUUAAGAUAUUGUAUGUACAUAUACAGCAGAAAGAUGAUUGCCUUUUAUAAAUUAUUCUGAAUGACACAAAAAUGAAGGUAUUGAGUGCAGAAGGAGGGAUACAUUUUAUCUUAAAUUUCCAAACCAGCUGCAGUGGUUGCAUUGUUUUCAAGUUCAGGUUUCUUUCCAAAACAUUCAUUUUUAUCUAAUGGCCUGCAAUAGUAUCCCACAAGAUUGGAGUCACUCCCAAUUCCCGAACUAACAGCAGAUGAUGUUAAAAAAAACUGUCUUACAUAAACAUUUUGAAAAAAUAACCCCCAUAUUUGAAGUCGUUGAUAGACCAAGAAAUGUUUCCAUUUGCAAUUUAAGUCACAAGUGCUUAUGGUCACAAGAACUUAUGAACUAAGCCUUUAAACAUGGCUUAAACUCGGGGAAAUCUUGGAAUGAAACCUUCCAUUUGUCACAUGGCAGCAGUCCUUUUCCAGCUCCAGUCAAAAAUAACAGUUUGAAGGCACUCAGCUAUUGUUUCUUUUGUUGGAUAAAGACAGAUCUCCAAAAGCCUCAAAGCAGCAAAAGCUAUGAGAGAGACCCGUUUGCACAUUUUAACAAACACAUAAAGAUCAAAACAGUGUCACAUGCUCUUCUUCUUAAAAACAUUGUAGUAUUUUAGUCCAUAUGAACACUCAGUCAGAGACAGGCUGUCCAGGGUGGAACUCCUGAAAAGAGGACAGACAGUUUUGCAUGAGGACUCUGUGGGGAGCUGGCCCAAGCCCACUGUCACCACUAACAGAGAGGGAGGGGGAUUCUGAAUGUGAAAGCCUGUGUGAUUGAUUUCAAAUAGAAGAGGAGGAGGAGGGACUUUUCAUUGUUUAGCUGUAACCCUUCACCCAGCUCAAUCUGUUGGCGAGGGGUCCUCAGGUCUGCAGCCUAGCUGGACAAUGAAGGCUUUGCAGGCUUAAUGGGUGUGACUACAGACCAGAGGGAAUUAUGGGGUGAUGGUGUGGGGUUAGCUUGGGCUUGUGUGCAAAUGAAGGAGCCCUUAUUAUGGUAAUGUCUCCUCUUCCUUCCCAAAUGUACCUAUCUUUGUCCCCAUAGCCACCAUCUUUUAAAUUACAAAUCUUAAUUCAGAUUGGCCACUCUGCAAACACUGUCAGGAACAGCUGUAGACAAUUCCUCUGUGGGCUAAUGUGCCAACCAGUCUGCCUGCUGAAUUCAACUAGACAAAACAAUUGAGACAUAAGCAGAACAACCGUUGUCGGUUGUGCAGGCAGGAAUCUUCAAAAAAUGGAUAAAAUGGUUUGAUCAGCAUCUUCCCCCUGUUCUCUGACCACACAGAUGGCGGUUCUGUAUGGUCAUCCUCAUAGUAGUGAUGGUUUAAAACCUUAAAAAAAUGGAAGGUUUAAUUUCAAAUUCAUCAAGAUGUCACCCUGCCGUUAAAGUUUCAACUAUUUAGUCAAAACACAUUUAAUGUAUUUGCUCUCUGCAUUUUGUUUGCAGUUUAUAUCAAAAUGUAUUUUCAUUCUUACAUUCCAGUUGUCGGCUCUUCUCCCACAUACCAACUGUAAAACAUCUAAACGUUCUUAAACAUUUCCUCAAGAGAAUUAUUUUAGAAAUACCUAAUUUAUUUGUUUAUUGUUUUGUUUUUAUAUGGAAUAAAGUAUAAUUUAAAAUAAAA